GCCUAGUUAAAGCUUAAAGGUCAACAAUAAGACUUUAGACAUGAGGUUGUUGCAGAGCAGAAAAACAAGACAGAUGAUCAUGAGCAGCAGCAAAAACCAGCCUAGAUCUGAUUAAGAUCCUUUUAAUUAAGGAACAUUUCUAAAAAUCUCUGGAUUACAGUCGGCUUCAGAGAAUUCAGGGAUUGGAAAACYGGCUGAUUUAUGAAUCUUUUCACAGAUUAAAAUAAUUUUAAAAAUCCAGUUUGGGAGGCUGAACCCCUCGACACAAAGCUACACGAUACUGGCUGGUGUCUGAUAAGCAUCCAGUCCAGAUGCUGAUUGGCUGAUCGGAUCAGAGAUGUUGAACUCCAAGGUCAGGUGUGUUACAGCUAAAACGCCCGUUAGCUUCUGCACGUAUGAAUGAACUUCAAGGUUAGUCAUUAAAACAGGCAGUUACUGGCAUUUUCAGAAGGAAUCAAGUAUUUGGAUCAUCUGUUCGUUGGUGGCUGUGGACCAAAAAACGAACUCAGAUUCCUCCCAGUUACUUCAUAUCWGACUCAAACAUUCCCAAACCUGCCAAGUGGAUAUGAAAGCUAUAGAUCCGCACCGACAAAUCGAUAUGCUUGCAGUUUUCCACACACUGAYAGUGGGAGGGUCAGCACAGUGGUGCAGCCGGUUCUAAUGGUCCUUCUGGACUGAGUCAGCAUGUUCCCUCUCUGGUUCGGUCCAGACACGUGACUGCUGGGUCUCUAACCUGCCCUCAGGUUGUUGUUGACCUGUCCAGGGUGUGUGACCUUCCUGCUGCCCAGAGAUAAGCGGCUACAGAUGGAUGACAUUCCAGGUGUUGGGACUCGUCUGCAGUCCUGGUGCGGGUUCAGUUCAGACCACCUGAAGGGAGCAGCAGCCUGUCUGUCUGUCUGUCUGUCUGUCUGUCUGUCUGCGGUGGAGGAACAGAGGCAGGACGUCUGUCAACACAAACCCAAACAAACCGACCCGCCUGGAGACCCGGGAACGAGCCCCCAGGAUUUCCUGGAAUCUGUUUGGGUUUCGCUGCUAAUGAGCAAAAACAUGUAGAACAGCAGCGGCUUCCAGGAAGAUUAGAUGCUGGGGAACGAUCCGGCGUCAGCCGCUGGACGAGUUCAUACACGAGCGGCCCGUCGCAUGUUCACUAACACGUCUGUGUGUGUGUGUGUGUGUGUGUGUGUGUGUGUGUGCGUGUGUGUGUGUGUGUGUGCAGCUGACUGUCAGCAGGGCUGCAAACAUGGAGACUGCGUCGGACCGGACAGCUGCAAAUGUCACCCGGGAUACACCGGAAAAGCCUGUAACCAAGACCUGAACGAGUGCGGAGUGAAGCCGCGGCCCUGUAAGCACCGCUGCAUGAACACGGCCGGCAGCUUCAAGUGCUUCUGCCUGGACGGCUUCGCCCUGCAGCCGGACGGCAGCUGCAGGAACGUGCGGACCUGUUUCCAUGCCAACUGCCAGUACGGCUGUGAGGUGAUGAAGGGCGAGGUGCGGUGCACCUGUCCGUCUCCAGGGUUACGGCUGGGCCCGGACCGCCGCUCCUGUGUGGACGUCGAUGAGUGCGCGCUGGGCGCGGCCUGUCCGCGCCGCAGGAAGUGCGUCAACACGUUCGGGAGCUUCUUCUGCAAAUGCCACCUGGGCUUCAGGCUGACGUUCAUCGACGGGCGCUACGCCUGCAUCGAUAAAGACACUCGGCCGUUCUGCUCCCUGAAUCCUUCCUCUCCAAAGUGUCGGUGUAAAGAUGGCAGCUGCAAAGGGAUCCUCAGAGUGACUUUAGAGCCACACAGACCCAGAACUACAGCUCCCACCACCACUGUUCCCACGACAACCACUGUUCCCACAACAACCACUGUUCCCACGACAACCACUGUUCCCACGACAACCACUGUUCCCACUACAACCCCUGUUCCCACGACAACCACUGUUCCCACCACCACCUCUGCUUCUACCACCACCACUGUUCCCACCACCACCACUGUUCCCACGACAACCACUGUUCCCACGACAACCACUGUUCCCACCACCACCACUGCUUCUACCACCGUCUCCUCCACCGCUUACCAAACUACCGCUGCCUUGACGACCACUGUCAUAGCAACCACCAAAAUGGCUACCUCUGCUGUUGCUAUGACAACCAGAUCCCCAACGACUGUCCCCACAGCUCCGCCCACCGUCCCAGCUACCGCCGCUCCGACCACACCCGCCCCUCUUCCUGCUACGACCGCCGCUGAGCCUGCGGUUGCCAUAGCAACCACGACGCUGCCCUCCACCACCGGCGCCGUGGUGACGACAACGCUGAACAACCGCAUCAACAAGGACGUGACGCAGAGACAGAGAGGAGACGUUCACAUUCCUCGGCAGCCUGGACAAAACCACGUCUGGGAGUUUGACAUCGAGCUGGGGAACACGGCGCAGGACGCUCAGGACGACCCCGCGGCCGGUGAUCUGCGCUGCAGCUUCAGUCGUGGCGUCUGCAGCUGGAUCUCUGAGCGAGACGGAGAUCUGUCCUGGGAAUCUGUAGACGCUCCUGCAGGUGGGCGGUACCUGUCGGUCCCGGAGCUGAAGGAGGGCCAGCGCAGCGUCCGAGGCGCCCGAUUGGCCGUCCAGAUUCUCCCUCCGUGGAACCAUGGCGACGCCUGCUUCUCCUUCUCCCAUUGGCUGACGGGGCAUCAGGUGGGAGUCCUGCAGCUGUUUGUCCGCAAGAAAGGACGGGACCAAAGGUAUGGCUCCGCCCUCUGGAGCCGGACAGGUGGACAGGGGUGGAGGCAGACGCAGGUUACCUUGGAGACGCAGUCAGUGGACAAAGUGCUGCUGAAGGCCGAGCGAAGACCCGGACGAAGAGGCCAGAUUGCAGUUGAUGAUGUCACACUGAGACGAGGGGCGUGUCGAUGACAUCAUCAGCGGGAUAUCAUUUAAAGGGCCGGUCUGCUGUUUUCUGAUUGGUUAGAAACGUUUCCAUCUCUGGCUGCAGAUCUUGAUGCUCAGAUCAGAUUUAUUUAUGUUUUGUUUGGUCGUUUGCAUUACUUUUAAAAUGUCGGCCUCCUUCUGACCUCAGAGU